CGACAAGGUGAAGCGCACAUUCAAAACGACGCCGUAUGGGCUCGUGUCUUCCACAGUCACACGCUCUUCUAGUUCUCUCUUUCUUUCUCACCGUGAACAACACACUACAAAAUAAUCCAAUUACACUCGCCAACGAGAACAAAGAAUAAUAAAAACAAAAACAAAAAGGCGAGUUGAAUUGAGUCGAGUGAGUGAGUGAGUUGAAUCGGAAAUGGCGCACGCGAUUAAGAACGUGAAAGUGCCUCCGAACUCAGUGAGUCUGGAGGAAGCGCGUCAACGUGUCUUCGAAUUCUUCAAAGCCGCAUGUAGAUCGCUACCUACCGUCAUGGAAGUUUACAAUCUAUACGACGUCACUACCAUUUCCCAGCUUCGUUCUGCUAUCUCUUCCGAGAUCCGCAAAAAUGAACACAUCACCAAUCCUAAGGUUGUCGAUAUACUGCUAUUCAAGGGGCUGGAAGAGCUGAAGAAUGUUGUGAACCAUUCAAAGCAGAGGCACCAUAUCAUUGGUCAGUACGUAAGCGGCCAGUAUGGACAGGUGCAGCAGGAAUUGACCUCAAAAGACCAGGGCAUCUCUACUUUUCUGAAGAAUUUUUACAACAGCAAUUACUCUUGAAGUCUGGUCUUGAGCUGUUCUUUGUUUUCUCAAAUAAAGAUAAAUACUGUUGGUUUCAAAUCAAACUGUUACUUUCAUUAUUCCUGACUUAAUUUGAGAAAGUGAUAUUUUUCUUAUUGUUGUGCACAUGUGCAUAUUGCCGAAAAAGGAUAAUUUAUUUUGAGUAAUGGCAUAAUAUUAAGUCUUUCCAAUA